ACCACAGAGACACAAAACAGCAGAAACACACAACGGCCCAGUGAGACACCAGUCCAUCCCUGCAGCAGCUCAGGUUCCGUCUGUUGGACCUUUGAGGACGUCUCUUUACUUCGCUUCUUGUCAGCAGGUGGCUAAAAUCCAACAGGCCCUGAACGCAGCAUCACGCAGGGACGUUUACCUGCGGUUGCUAGGCGACGGCUGGGCGACCCGUCCGCGGACUGUUGACCCGGUGAAGCUCCGCUCGCUGCUCGGAUGGACUCGACUCGGGCUCCGGUGGCCUUCGGCCGGUGGGCCGUUCCGCUGCUGUUCGGGCAGCUGCAGCAGCCGCAGGCCGCCGGGAGGCUGCGGACUCUGGCUGCGCUCUGCGACCUGCUGCACGACCCGGAGCGGCUCCAGCAGACCGUCACCGGGGGCUUUCUGGAGCAGCUGCCGGCUCUGUUGACGGAUGAAGACGCGUCGGUCCGAACCAGAACCUGCGAGCUGCUGCACCUGGUGACGGCUCACAGCGUCGGCAGACAGGCUCUUCUCACCUCCUCCGUCCUCCCCCCGCUGUCCCGGCUGCUGGACGACUCCUCGGCCUCCUGCAGGACCAGCGUCCUGCGGGUGCUGACCCGUCUGGCUCUGCUGCCUGCGGGCGGCGCCGCUGUCCUGGGCCUGGUUCCUAAACUGAUGCUGAAGCUCCAGCAGCAGGACGACGAGGACCACGUGGACGAAGAGGUUCUGCUUCUCUCUGCCGUCGGCCGCUGCUCCCGGCUGGACGCCCGGCCGGCUCUGGCCUCCGACGGAGUCUCCGUGCUCGGCCGCAAGCUGUCCCGACGCUCGCCGGACGUCCGCAGGGAGGCGGCGGCCGCCAUGAUGGCGCUCAGUGUACCUGUGGACGGGAAGCGGCAGGUGUGUGAGGGGGCGGGGCUUCCAGUCCUCGUGGGUCUGCUGCAGGAUGAUGACGUGGAGGUCCAGACCAACGCUGCAGGAGUCAUCAUGAACACGGUCAUCAUCACCACAGGGAAGCUCCAGUGUCUGGAGCUGGACGUGGUGCCGGUUCUUCUGGACCUGCUGUCCAGACAGCCGGAGGAAGACGUGAGGACGAAGGCCCUCCUCGUGUACUCGCUGCGAGCCCUGACGGCGCUGGCCGAGGCUCCGGACGGCCGCCGCCUGCUGCUGCAGCAGCUCCCCCUGCUGGCGAGGAGGGCCGAGGCCCGGGACCCGGACGUCCGGCGGGCCGCUCAGACCGCCGUCAGGGUGGUGACCUGGACCCCCUGAACAGCGUCCGACCCAGACCGUAGACAUCUGAUGAGCUGUUUGUGAACGAGACAGAAACUGACGUGAAAGUGUUUCCUGGAUUCACCUGAUGUCUGAAUUUUAAAG